CCGACGACGCCACCGCCCAAACCCCAACCCAGUACGUACCAUCGUACCGUCCCCGGAUUACCCGUCGACUCGGUCUCCUCUUUUCUGCCCCGAAAUAGAUCCAAGCGUGAGAAACGUGGCGCGGUUCCUGCUUGCUAGCUGUGCUGCAGGUUUGAUUUCCCGGGAGGCGUACGUAUCUGUCGAUCCACCGGCGCGUAACCUCGGAUCAGCUUCUCGUUUCGCGCUCCCUCGGCCCCUUCGUCGCCGGUUGAUUGAUCGGAAGGACAGACACUCAUGGAGUGGAACUUCGGGCCCGAGGAGCAGGUCCUGUGGCCGGCGUCGGCCCUCGCCGGCGUCCUCAUGUGCGCCGCCGUGUAUGAUAUAACUAGAAAGGUUAGCUCAUCGUGCUUCAAGUGUUAUGACGGGUUAAGCCCAAUGCAAAAGCUUGAGUGGAAUAAUAGGGGCUUCUCUACGGUCCAUGCAUUGGUUGCUGCUGCCGUUUCCUUUUACUUGGUCAUGAUAUCUGGCCUCUUCAGUGAAGAUGUCAAUGACAUAAUCAUUGAUAGAAAGUCAUGGUUAUCUGAUUCCAUGUUUGGGGUCUCGAUCGGAUACUUUUUCACAGACUUGGCGAUGAUCCUAUGGUAUUUUCCAUCUUUAGGUGGAAAGGAAUUUCUCUUGCAUCACGGACUUUCCAUGUACGCGAUCUGUCUUGCGUUGUUCAGUGGGAAAGCGCACAUGUACAUACUCAUGGUCCUCUUCACUGAAGCCACCACUCCAAUUGUGAACCUUAGAUGGUACUUGGAUGCUGCUGGUCAGAAGACUUCCAACCUCUACUUAUACAACGGAUUGGCUCUGUUUGCCGGAUGGCUGAUUGCUCGGAUAAUCUUGUUCGUGUAUUUCUUCACUCAUAUCUACUUCCACUAUGAUCAGGUGAAGUCCAUCUUCGCCCUGGGAUUCUACACCAUAAUGACGGUGCCAUCGACGCUGGCCGUGAUGAACGUGUUCUGGUUCUGGAAGAUAUGCAGGGGGCUGGUGAGAACCCUGUCGAAGACGAAGAUGCAUACCGCAAACGGGAAGACGGAUUAGAAGGAAGGACGAUAUAUUGAUAAUAUAACGAUUCUUUCAGACAAAAAAAAGAAAAAUUGACCGUUGUUCCUUGUAGAUAAAAGCUCGGCUGAUCAAAUUUGAAGUGAAACCACGACACUUAUUCUGACACGGAGGGAGUACGUCGGUGUCCGAUUUCUUUUUCUCUGUAGCACGCCCAUGGUUGAUCUUGAUGUGAGAGGUGACGAAUGCAACUAUUAUUCUUUGUUA